CAGCGCAGUGGUUUGUUCCACAGACAGACUGUAACCUCCCCUCCCUGAGUCAGGUUUAUCUCAACUCCCAGGAAAUACAGCAGCGAAGACUGAAGUGUGAAAGCUGCCGAUCAAGAAACUGUGCCUCCGGAGUGGACGCUACUAAACGAGAGGGAGCCGUAGCUGAGAAGAACCAUCAAGUUGUCUGGAAUUUUCUCUCUCAAUCCUCUUCCAAUGGUUCAUUGGUUGAGGCCAUGGCCUCUCAGUCAGGCAACAUGAACCGUGAAGACCGGAAUAUGCUCCGUAUGAAAGAAAGGGAAAGGAGAAAUCAAGAAAUCCAGCAGGGAGGAGAGGCCUUUCCAGCUAACUCUCCCCUCUUUCCUGAACCUUAUAAAUCCUGCAAGGAAGAUAAACUCUCAAGUCGCAUCCAGAGCAUGCUGGGAAAUUACGACGAGAUGAAGGAGACCAUCGGUGAACCCCCAAUGUCCAAGCUCAUUCCCAAAGCCUCCAGCUCCUCCUCGGACGAUAAAUCCGGCCAGUACGGUGACCAGCGCGGAGGCACCCAGAGUCAGAACAGUAAAUGGACUCCUGUCGGCGGCAUUUCUUCCUCAUCCUGCUCGUCCUCCUCAACUUCUGCCCCCUCGCAGAAGCGCUCGUCCGUGCAGGGCAGCCACGGCAGCAGUCAGCGUAGCGGCUCCAGCAGCGGCGGUCAACGGCACGAGCGAGACUAUAGCAGCAACAAGAAGUCCAGCAAGCACAGCUCCGAGCACAAAUCCCACUCCAGCCCGGCCAAGGGCUCCAUGAGCUCCGGCGGACACUCGCGCGGCCGCAACAAGUCGCCCAGGGACAGAGAAGCCAACUGGGACUCGCCCUCAAGAGUUCAUUCCUUCUCCAGUGGACAGCAUCCCAGCCAGAGCUUCCCGCCCUCGCUCAUCAAACCCAGCUCCAUGAUCCAAAAACCCACCGCUUAUGUGCGGCCCAUGGACGACCGGGAAACGGCCGAGCCCAAGACCUCCUCGGAGUCGUACGGCGGUCAAUCACACAGCAGUGCGGUGGGAGAAAUGAAGCCCAGUGGCAAGGCUUCCCUCACCAAGCUCAAGAUCCCGACGCAGCCAGUCGAUGGUCCAGUGGGAGAUGCGAGCUGUGUUGAUGAAAUUUUAAAGGAAAUGACUCAGGUCUGGCCUCCUCCGCUAACAGCCAUUCACACGCCCUGCAAGACAGAACCAUCAAAAUUUCCCUUCUCCACCUCCAAGGAUGCCCAGCACCUGUCUUUUGGGGCACAAAAAAAACUCUCAGGAAAGAGUGCGUCCACCAGUCACCCGUCUAAGCCGAGCGACAGCGACCAGAACACGCUGCAUGAAGAUCUGAAGCUCAGCAGCAGCGAAGACAGUGACGGAGAGCAAGACCCUGCUAAAAACCCCUCCCGAAACACCUCAACAAGUAACAACAGUAAUAACAGCGAGGCUCCUGAUCGAGACGACACCAGCAGUCACAGCGGUUCGGAGAGCAGCUCCGGCUCUGACAGUGAGAGCGAGAGCAGCUCUACAGACAGUGAGAACAACGAGCCACCUCGUCCUGCGUCACCCGAGCGGGAACAGCCCACGGCUAACAAAUGGCAGCUGGACAACUGGUUCAAGAAAGUCAACAAGUUGUCCCCAGCUUCUCCGGUGGAGAACAGCAGCACGACGUCAACAAAGUAUAAGAAAGAGGGGCGAGAAACCAGCUCCAGCAGGAUCUACAGUGGCCCGGGUUCAAAAGACGUGACGCCCUCUGGUGGGCGAGACCUUCGGCCAAACCAGAAGGGGCAAGACAGGCGAAGUCAGAAGUCUCCUGCUCAGAGCGAGGGGGGAAGUCAGGGCGGGCGGCGAGUGGUGGUGGGCAAGAAGCAGCCUAAAAAGCCAGAGAAGCCGCCUGUGGUUGAGGAGCCGAAGGGUGGCCUCAAGGUGGAGACCGAACCCUCGCCCGAGAUCCCGCCGCACAGAGUCCGCGCGCCCAACAAAGGCCCCCGCAAACCCAACAUCAAGAAGGAGCCCAAAACCUCCUCUCCUCGACCGGCGCAAGACAAACGCAAGAAAACGGCCAGCAAGUCCCGCGAGUUCAUAGAAUCCGACUCGUCAUCGUCGGACUCGGAGGGCAACGAAAGCGUCCCCUCAUCUUCGCAGACGCCGAGAGAGCAGUAUGCCGAGAACCCGUCUGUCCUGUUCUCGCCCAUGCUUUCCCCACUGAGUGACCAAGAAGGGAGGCUGCUGUCCAGACUGGUGGUGCAGAUCGACCUCGGUCUGCUGUCCAGAGUGCCUGGUCGAGUCUACAAGGAAACGGAGGUGAAAGCGGAGAGGAGCUCCCCUCCCGAGGGGAAAGACUUCCAGAAACAGCCGGGAGAAAAGGCAGCCAGCAAGGGGAAGAGAAAGCACAAGAAUGAUGAAGAUGCUCUCAAACCAGACAGUAAGAAGUCCAAACUGGAUGAAAAGUCAUCACACAAAUCCAGCAGUAAAGACUCAUCUAAGCGUGCUCAGGACAAAGAGAAGGAGUCUGCGCCCUCUCCUUCCAUCACGCUGCAGCGGACGCCCAAAUCAGAGCACCAGGGCCGCAAGCGGACGCUCAGCCAGUCCUCCGCCUCUGUACCCAGCAGCAAGAGCAGCUCCAACUCCAAACACCGCAAAGGCGACGACAAGCCCUUACGCAGGGAUGCCAAGGAGAAAAGCUCUAAAACAGAGAAUCCCAUUGCAGUGCCGCCUCUCUCUGAUGGCUCUAAAUCUAGAUCCAAACUCCUGUUUGAAGACAGGGUUCAUUCAGCUGAUCAUUACCUUCAAGAAGCCAAGAAACUGAAACACAACGCAGAUGCUCUGUUCUACAUUGAGAGCGACACAACAGGUGCUCUCCUCACACGAAGCACAUGGAUGGACCGGUUUGAGAAAGCCGUGUACUACCUGGACGCUGUGGUGUCUUUCAUCGAGUGUGGAAACGCCCUGGAGAAAAGUGCCCAGGAGGCCAAAUCGCCCUUCCCCAUGUACGCAGAAACCGUGGAACUCAUCAAGUACACUAUGAAGCUGAAGAGCUACCUGGCGCCGGAUGCAACCUCUGCAGACAAAAGGCUAGCUGUGCUGUGCCUGAGGUGCCAAGCGCUCCUGUAUUUGAGGCUCUUCAAGCUACGCAAAGAAAGUGCACUGAAAUACUCUAAAACGCUCACUGAACACUUGAAGAAUUCGUUGAGUAAUACCCAAGCUCCGUCUCCUGGAGUAGCAAAUAAAACGGCGGGAAUGCCGUCUCCGGUCUCCCCAAAACUGUCUCCUGGAAGUGCGGGCAGCUACUCCUCCAGCAGCUCCAGCCAGAGCACCAGCUCCUCCGUCACCAUCCCCCAGCGCAUCCACCAGAUGGCAGCCAGCUACGUCCAGGUCACCUCCAACUUCCUCUACGCCAUCGAGGUGUGGGAGCAGGCCGAACAGCUCGCCAAAGAGCAGAGAGGUAUUUGUUUUUACUUCUGCCUUUUUCCAAACAAAACCAAGUCCAUCUUCCUGAAGCUGUACUGAGGUGCUUUUGUAACUCCACACAUCUUUUCUGACUUU